AACUUCCACAAGUAAUUCGUGUACGUACCACAAAUCACAACAAGUUUAAUAAUAUUACAAAACAAUAUGAUUUGCUCUAGUGAAAAUAUAAAAAAAUAGUCUUAUAUAGUUUGUGCACUGUAGUCUGUAAAUAAUAUAUUCAAAGUAUUUUUUAUUUAAUUAUUAGUAGUAUAAUAAAUCAAUUGAAAAAGUAAUGGAUCCACUGAUUGAUGAUACUAUACCGUUCGGAGAAGAAAACUUUGGAAAUUCAGGAAAAUUAACUCAUCCAUAUGUAUCAUUUUUUCAUUUAUUCUUCCGCGUCUCUGCGGUAAUUCUAUAUUUCUUCGGAGGAAUUUUUAGUCAAAGCUUCAUAACUUUAUUCGUACUUAUAAUGUUAUUGUUAUCCAUGGAUUUUUGGACUGUGAAAAAUAUUACAGGGCGCAUUAUGGUUGGCUUGAGAUGGUGGAAUUACGUAGACGACGAUGGUGUUUCGCAUUGGGUAUUCGAAUCGAGAAAGGGAUCUGUGCAGAACCGAAUUAACCCGAGCGAAGCCAGAAUAUUUUGGGCCGGACUUUGGUCAGUCACAGCUAUGUGGGUUUUGUUCUUCAUCAUAUCUUUCUUUAGUAUAAAUUUCAAAUGGCUGUUAUUGGUGAGCAUAGCAUUGACGCUAAAUAUUGCUAAUUUAUAUGGUUAUAUUAAAUGCAAAAAUGGAAACCAAGAAAAUUUGGGUAUUUCUUCGAUGGCUAGCAGUUUUUUAUUUCAGAAUUUAGGAAAAGUGAGAGAAACAAUGUCCAGUUUAAAUCCAACGCCAGUAAACAGUCCGCCUAAUGUUAGACCAACCGGGAUAGUGUAAAACUGUUGAAAGAAAUUCAAAUUUGUGUUAAUUUUUCUUUUGCAUAUACUAUAUUCAAUACCUACUACAGUAUAAUAAAUGUUACUUGCAUAAUUGUAUUUUAAAUUAUUUAACAUAAAAAAAAAGUAAUCAUCAUUAUAUUGUAUUUAAUAUUGUUA